UAAUCGAGAACAUCUCAACACGCACGCACAAAAAUCUUAGAAUGUCGGCCAUCACCAAGCAGAAGAAUUUCAACAACAAUAUGUAUAAGUCGAAAGUAUCACCCUCGCGCCGUCUCAAGAACCUCCUGAAGCCACUCCUGGGACACGUCUUUAAUCUGAAGAAGGAGCAGCCCAAGCGCAGCUCCUACAUCGCCUCUGCAGAGAAGGAGGCCGAGUUUGACUGGCUCAACAACGACAUGGACAAUAUGGCCAACGAGCAUCUGGAGAGCCGCCUCAUCGAGGAGAUCCGCCAGUGCGCCAAGGAGGAUGCAAUCAUCGUCUACAACCAGAACGGCUCUGGGAAGCUGCAAGCCAUGGACCAAGAGGAAUACUAUGUUCCAGUUCACUUUGCUCGCACCAAUGCCGGCACCUUCUUCUGGACUUCGUUGCAGCCCAAGGCCAGCGAGCCCUAUGCCAUCGAAUGGAACUUCCUCGAUCGGUGGGCCCAGGCUUGAGGUAUCAGCCAGGAGCUGGGACUACUUGAGCAUCUCAAACCGGGGUUUUUCAACAUUUUUUUGGGACAACUCUUCAACUAACUGGAGCUUGAACUUCAGCGGGAUGGGCACAUCAAAGUUUGGGCACUUCGACUUUGGUUCAUCGAUUUUGGGAUUACUUGCCAUGGGCACCACUUUUGGCAAUUUUGACUGAAAAUGCCGAAAAGCGGAUGGGUAUCCGAUAUUUUUGGGAAGGAGAAUAGGAACAAUUUUCUUCAUUUUUGCUGUGCAAAAAAGAGAACAAAUUGUUAAGACGAGGUUUUGAGUGA